AUGUCACUGCUAGUUGCCGCAGCGUCCCCGCCGUCUGGGCCGGCUCCACCGCCGCUCGACUACAGUUGCCUCGCGGAGCGGUGGGGCGAGGGCGGGUCCCGCUUCCGCGGCUCCGUCUCGACGACCGCCUCGGGCCUGCGGUGCCAGCCGUGGCACCGGCAGCAUCCGCACAAGUGGCACACGGAGAAGCCAAUCGGCCUGGGCCGCGACACGCCGUACGUCGCGGACUACUGCCGCAACGUCGAGCCGCCCACCACAGCGGCCGGCGCCGCGGUCGACCCCGGCCAUGCGCCACAGGGUCCAUGGUGCUUCACACUCGACGAUGGCGUGAGGUUCGAGGUGUGCGACGUGUGCGGGGCGGCGGCGAGGCUGUGGAAGGAGGUCGAGGCGCCGCACGUGCACCCCUUCGUGCCCGAGUGGGCGGGCCCGCUCUGCUUCGCCUUCUCGCUCGUCGCCCUCGUCGUGGUCCUGCUGCUCGGCCUCGCGCGCCACUUUGAGGUCGACCUGCAGUCCUACUUCGACUUCUUCGGGGAGCGCGCGCGCGGCGCGGGAUCGAUGGCGCGCAUGGCGCGCCCCCGCGCGCGGCCGGCGCCCGCGCCUGGAGCGGGGCCGGGAGCGGGCGGCCCUCCCCCGCCGGGCGGCUUGCCCGCCUCGAUGAGCCUCGGCGCCUGCCACGGGGCUGCGGGCGUCGCGCCUCUGGUCGCGCCCGCCGCCCCGGGCGGGUCCCAGGAGGAGACCUUCAGCGCGCUCGCUGGACUCGCCAGCUUUCAGCAGCAGCGCCAGCAGCAGCAGCCGCCGCCGGCAGCGGCCAACCCGAUGGCCGCGUCGUCGGCGGAGCAGCGCCGCGCCGCGGCGCAGGGGCUGCUCGCGAACGAUGCGGCGUCGAUGGAGGGGUCGGUGCUCAACGCGCCGCCCGUGCUCGGGCCCGACAGCACGGCGCCCGAGCCUCGGCUUCCGGCAGUGCCCCCUCCGUUCGACGACAACAACGAUCAAAUCAUCCUCGGCGCUCAGCGGCUCGGCGUGCUCGAGCGCGUCGAGCUGCGACAUGAGGUCGGAAGGAUCGGCAGCGGCGGCGGUGGAGGCGCCCGGCUCAACCAUCUGUCGCCCACUCCGCUGCUGCCUCAUCGCGCCGUCGAGCUCUUCUACCUGCAGCACGGCCACCGCGCCAACGCCUUCUCGGUCGCCUUCGAUCCAGACCUCGAGCGCUUCGUCUCCGGCCGAGGCGUCGUCGCCCACGCGACUUGCAGGUUCCUCAGGACGAGAAUAGUUUUCUACGACCCUCUCUGCGCGGAGGAGGACCUCGCAGCGCUGAUCGACGAGUUCCUGACCUCGGCCCGCGGCCACCACGUCGGCUUCUGGAAGGCCUCGCAACAGACCGUGGCGGUCGUUGCGGAGCGAGGGUUUCGGAUCGUUGGGUACGGAGUCGACCACGAGGUGCCGGUGCCGGUCGCUCUGUCUGGCAGCGCGAUGCGAGGGCUCCGGCGCCAGGUCGACAAGGCGCGCAAGGCUGGCGUGGCGGUCACGCCUCUCCCCGCCGCCGAAGCGACCUCUCCGAUCUGGAGAGAGCUCGAGGAUCUGGACGCACGGUGGCUCUCGUCGCGCGCCCUCGCGACGCGGCCCUUUUCCAUCCGCCGCGUGACUCGCCGGCGCGUCUGCGCUCGCCGCCGCGGCCGCGUAGUGGGCUGGGCGUGCCUCGACCACCGCUACUGCGAGGGCGUCCUCUGCGGCGUCGGGCUGAGCGGCGUACGGUGGGACCCGGAGGUGGGUGGCGUCGCCUCGCUGCUUGCCGUCGAGGGCGCCGCGCUCGUCGCCGCCGCACACCGCCGCCCCCUGACCCUCGCGCUCGGAGAGAGCCCGCUGGCCUUGCGGCGGCGGGAGGCGUGCGCGGGCGCCUCGGGGUGCGCGCCGGCAAGUGGCCUUCAGGCAAGAGGCGUGCAGUGGAGCGCCGCGCUCGAGGCGCUGUUCCGGCUGCUGCACGAGAGGGGCGGCUGGCUCUACAACACGGCGGGCAUCUCGCGGUGGAAGCGAAAGUGGAGGGCGGCGACCACAGCCUCGUUCGUCGCCGUCGACGCGCGGCUGCCGUGGCGGCACGUCGCCGCGCUGCUCUUCCUCGCGGUCGCGGGCGGCGCGCCAGCUCUGCCGACGAGGGCACGGCAUCGCUGCCCGCCACGCGAGGGGAGCUCUGCUGCGCGCAAGCGCUGACUCGCUUUGGCCAAAUGUCGGUCGCUGGCGGAUCGGCGCCGAUAGAUGGUAUAUCAGGCGGUGGGACUGGCGCGUCUUUUUUCCUGUGUGGUCGUGCCAGCGGUUUAACCCCGCUCUUGCAAAAGGCUAAAAUGUAAAAA